AUGGAAGACUCCGUUCAAAACAAGAUUGAAGAUAAAACACCGAUCGAUGUAAAAGAAGAGAAGGUUGAGAUAGAAAAAGAUCUGGAGAGUACAAAAUGUAAGGGAGAGAAGAAACAUAAUGAUGAAGAGAAAAAGAAGGAUAAGGAGAAGAAAAAGGAAAAGAAGGACAAAACUGAUGGAGAGGGGAAGGAAGAUGAGAUAGAGGGUAAGGAUAAGAAGGAUAAAGAGAAGAAGAAAAAGGAAAAAGAUGUGAAAACUGAUGAAGAUGGUGAUGGAAAUAAGGAGGAGAAAAAGAAAAAGGACAAGAAGGAAAAGAAGGGAAAAGAAGAUGAAGACAAGGAUGGUGAAGAGAAGAAGGAGAAGAAAAAGGAAAAGAAGGAAAAAGAAGACGGAGACAAGGAUGGUGAAGAAAAGAAGGAGAAGAAAAAGGAAAAGAAGGGAAAAGAAGACGGAGACAAGGAUGGUGAAGAAAAGAAGGAGAAGAAUGAAGAAGGUGAGGAUGGUGAUGGAGAUAAGAAAAAGAAGAAGGAAAAGAAGGAGAAGAAUGAAGAAGGUGAGGAUGGUGAUGGAGAUAAGAAAAAGAAGAAGAAGGAAAAGAAGGAGAAGAAUGAAGAAGGUGAGGAUGGUGAUGGAGAUAAGAAAAAGAAGAAUAAGGAUAAGAAAGAGAAAAAGAAGGAUAAAAAUGAGAAAGAAGAGGGUGAAGUAUCUGUAAGGGAUAUUGGUAUAGAAGAAACAGUGAAGGAAUCGGAGAAAGAAGACGACAAGAAAGAAGUUAAAGAGAAGAAGAAGAAAAAGGAAGACAAGGGAGAGAAGAAGAAAAAAGCUUCAAAGACCAAUGAUGUUGGCGCGCUGAAACAAAAGCUUGAAAAAGUGAAUGGAAAAAUAGAAGCACUUGUGGAAAAGAAGGCAGAUAUAGAGAGGCAGAUUAAAGAAGCUGAAGAUGGAGGUCAUGAAAUUAAUGUGAAGGACAAGGGAGAGAUAUAG